UGGCUGGAGAUGCUCCACAGACUGUUCCCUUCCUAGCGUUGCUCCCCUCUGAGUAGAGUAGGUCUCUCCUGUUAACUCCUGCUCCAGUCCUAGCAUGGUUUGCAGGUGUGGAGGGGCUGGGCCAGUCCAGACUAAAGUAGCAGUUUUACCCCUUCUAUGCCAGUGUGGGGUUUAUAUAGCCCUUCACAGGCACCCAGACCCAGGAAAUGGCCCUCUAUGAGCCCCAUGCCUGAUGUGGUGGGGUGACCCACUGGCAGCAUUGCCUUUGAGAGUGCUGCUCCCACUCCAUCCCCUUCCCCUUUACUGCCACCACAAUGCCUGUCGCCUUCACUUCCUGAGGGAUGACUCCCAGAAGGUGUGUUUUGUUAUAUAUUUUCCUGCCCUGCCCCCCCUCCAGGAUAUGUUGUGCACCCUCUGUCUCAGGAGAUAAGGCGGGUCCUGGGGUUUGGGUGAUUCUAUGCUGGAGAUCCAUCAUCACUGAAGGAGUGGCAGCCUUGACCCUCCUUGAAGGUUGCAGGGAUGCUGAUGUGCACUGGAGGAGAACUGAGGCUUGACUGAGUCCAUAGACCAUUUGGCCCACACUGUGUCACUGUAAAGCCUGCUCUGCAUUGCUGCAAAUUGCUGCUGGUGGCGUUGUGCCCAUAAGUUUCUGUAACACUGUCUUCAGUGACUUGAGAGCACGAGCACCAGCCUCAAGCAGACUGGCUACAGAAUAACGUCUACGUUUCACUCCAGAUCAUCCCAUCCUCCCAGGGAGAAGGAAAUGGCUGCAAUGGAGCUGGCUCAGAGUUUCCAGUUUCCAAACCUGGUGUGAUCUCGCAGCUGGAAUGAGGGGAAGAUCUGUGGAUCCCAAACCUCCAGGGCUCUGAGCAAAAAGUGCUCCCGAGAGCUGCCUGCUGGUUUAACCAGUUCCAGGGAGUGACCUAUGUCUGGAUUCUCUCUGUCUCCCAUCAGGUGAUGGGAUGGUGAGUGAAAAUGAGGAGAAGAAACCCCAGCAGGAAGAUGCUGAGCAAGAAGAACCACAUGGAACGUUAUCAGGAAGAUCCAAACGGAACAUUUCUGGGAGUUGUGCACUCCCAGAAAAAGCAAAAGCCUGUGAGACUCAGCACAGGCCAGAGGAAAACUUCAGUAGCCACUUAGACCUUAUUACACGUGAGAGAAUCAACUUGGAAGAGACAUGCUAUACAUGCCAUAAGUGUGGGAAAAGCUUCAAUCGGAGCUCAACCCUUCUCACACAUUGGAGAACCCACACUGGAGAGAAACCCUACACGUGUUCUGAGUGCGGGAAAAGCUUCAAUCGGAGCUCUGCCCUUAUCACACAUCAGAGAAUCCACACCGGUGAGAAACCUUAUGGAUGCUCUGAGUGUGGGAAAUGCUUCAGUCAGAGGCCACACCUUACUGCACAUUGGACAAUUCACACAGGUGAGAAACCUUUUGAAUGCUCUGAGUGUGGGAAACACUUCAUUGAUAGUUCAACCCUCAUCUCACAUCAGCGAAUCCACACCGGAGAGAUGCCCUACGCAUGUUCUGAGUGUGGGAAAAGCUUUAAUCAGCACUCACACCUUAUCACACAUUGGAGAACCCACACUGGAGAGAAACCCUACACGUGCUCUGAGUGUGGGAAAAAUUUCAAUCAGAGCUCAAAUCUUAUCAAACAUAGGAGAAUCCACACGGGUGAGAAACCUCAUGGAUGCUCUGUGUGUGGAAAACGCUUCAUUCAUAGUUCAGCCCUCAUCUCACAUCAGAGAAUCCACACGGGUGAGAAACCUCAUGGAUGCUCUGUGUGUGGGAAAUGCUUCAGUGAUAGAUCAGCCCUCAUCUCACAUCAGCGAAUCCACACAGGAGAGAUGCCCUACACAUGCUCUGAGUGUGGGAAAAGUUUUAGUCGACACUCAGCCCUUAUCACACAUCGUAGAAUCCACACUGGAGAGAAACUCUACACAUGCUCUGAGUGCGGGAAAAGCUUCAAUCGGAGUUCAAACCUUAUCACGCAUAGGAGAAUCCACACUGGUGAAAAACCUUAUGGAUGCUCUGAGUGUGGGAAAUGCUUCAUUCAUAGUUCAGCCCUCAUCUCACAUCAGAGAAUCCAUACAGGAGAGAUGCCCUACACGUGCACUGAGUGCGGGAAAAGCUUCAAUCAGAGCUCUGCCCUGAUCACACAUCAGAGAAUCCACACAGGAGAAACACCCUACACAUGCUCUGAGUGUGGGAAAAGCUUCAAUCAGAGCUCAAACCUUAUCACACAUAGAAGAAUCCACACGGGUGAAAAACCUUAUAGAUGCUCUGAAUGUGGGAAACGCUUCAUCGAUAAUUCAACCCUCAUCUCACAUCAGCGGAUCCACACAGGAGAGAGGCCCUACACAUGCACUGAGUGCGGGAAAAACUUCAAUCAGAGUUCAAACCUUAUCAAACAUCAGAGAAUCCACACAGGAGAGAUGCCCUUCACAUGCUCUGAGUGUGGGAAAAGCUUUAGUCAGCACUCACAACUUAUCACACAUUGUAGAAUCCACACAGGAGAGAAACCCUACACAUGCUCUGAGUGCGGGAAACGCUUCAGUUAUAGCUCAGCCCUUACCACACAUCAGAGAAUCCACACGGGUGAGAAACCUUAUGGAUGCUCUGAGUGUGGGAAGCGCUUCAUUCAUAGUUCAGCCCUCAUCUCACAUCAGCGAAUCCACACAGGAGAGAAGCCCUACACAUGCUCUGAGUGCGGGAAAAGCUUCAAUCAGAACUCUACCCUGGUCACACAUCAGAGAAUCCACACAGGAGAGACAUCCUACAAAUGCUCUGAGUGUGGAAAAAGCUUUAAUCAGAGUUCAAACCUUAUUAAACAUCAGAGAAUCCACAUAAGAGAGACGCCCUACGGAUUAUCUGAGCAUGGGAAAACCUUCAAUCGGAGCUCAAGCCUUAUUAGACAUCAGAAAAUCCACAUGGGAGAGACACCCUACACAUGCUCUGAGUGCGGGAAAAGCUUCAGUUAUAGCUCAAAGCUUAUCACACAUCAGAGAAUCCACAGUGGAGAGAGACCCUACACAUGCUCUGAGUGUGGGAAAACCUUCAAUCAGAGCUCAAGCCUGAUUAGACAUCAGAAAAUCCACAUGAGAGAGAAUUGUAAUAAAUGUCUUGACUAGGGCUGGCCAAAGAUAAUUUUUUUUUUAAAUCACAUUUGCUAAUUCCCAUAUAGUGAUCUUUGCACCAUCUUCACUCUGGUCUCUCAGCUCCCCGAGAUGAGUUCCCUGCUUCUGCCUUUGCAGCUCACCCUUCUUUGGGGUCAGUCCUGUGAUCUUUUCUAUCAAUUCCUUUCCUUUCCUUUUGAGUCAUAGGAGUGUGUGUCCUUCCAGCCAGGAAUGUUCAUCAUCUCCAGGUGAGAGAGGGAGGUUUGAUCCCAACAAGCUACACUGAGGCAAAAACUACCUGUGCCUUACAUCCACUAGGACUGUACAUGGCAUUGGCUGCUCAAGUUAGUGAUCCUGGUGUAAAAAGACAAUUAAACUUGUAAUGCAGAUGCAGCCCAGGUGCAGUGGUUGGCAUUAGCUUUCCCCUUGACCUGACCUAACCUCCAUCACUCUUCCUAGUCUAAACAAACCCUGAGCACCAUAGUUAUACUGUUCCCCCCAUUUCAAAGCAAUUGUUAGUCAUCAAGUUCCGCUUUCGGAAACAACUUGUUUUGUUCCUAGUUGCUCUGAUGUUGCUUCAGGUUGUGCUGGAGAGCAGAUAUUUUUACUACCAUUUUCCUCACUUAGAAUAUAUUGAACUAUAACAAAGAGCAAGAACGGGGCGGGGAUGGGGAGAAAUGUCAUUUCACCCUCUAACAAUAAAAGAAGAUUCCCUUAUUCCCUAUCACUCUUCCAAUCCCCCUAUUGUUCAGUUGCUUAGGUCAAUAUUUUUGCUAAAGAGCCAGGAAGAGAGUUUCCUAGUAAAUGACUUGUAACUAAGCAAAAUACCCAUGCAUUUGGCUCCCAAAGUAGUUGUGGCCCAGGCCCUGCAGGAGGUCGCUCCUGAAGAGAUCUCCUUCCUAAUCAGAUGCAUGUUGCCUAUUAUUUGGGAAAUGAAAUCCCUAUCUAGGUAGAGAUGG